AACUAUUAUUCAUUAAUGGAGAGUACCGAUUCUUCCUCCAGCUCCCACCACCCCCACCUCCCACCGGGCUUCCGAUUCCACCCCACCGAUGAGGAGCUUGUUGUUCACUACCUCAAGAAGAAGGCUGCAUCUGCUCCACUUCCAGUUACGAUCAUUGCAGAGAUUGAUCUUUACAAGUUUGAUCCAUGGGAGCUCCCAAGUAAGGCGACGUUUGGAGAGCAAGAGUGGUAUUUUUUCAGUCCAAGAGAUAGGAAGUACCCGAACGGAGCGAGGCCAAACAGAGCCGCAACUUCAGGAUAUUGGAAAGCUACUGGGACGGAUAAACCCAUUUUAACAUCUAAUGGGAAUCAAAAGGUUGGGGUGAAGAAGGCCCUAGUUUUUUAUGGCGGCAAGCCUCCAAAAGGGAUUAAAACUAACUGGAUUAUGCAUGAAUAUCGCCUUGUCGAUAAUAACUCUGCUGCAAAACCUCAACCUCCUGCUGAUUUAGCCAACAAGAAAGCCUCUUUAAGACUUGACGACUGGGUUUUAUGCCGGAUUUACAAGAAAAACAACACGCAGAGACCGAUGGAGAGGGACAAGGAUCAGGAUUGUAUGGAGGGGAUGUACGUAACACAGUUACAAACUUGUAGUCAUCAAAAUCAAAAGCUCCCCGCUGCAGCGAAUAAUAACACAGGUGGUUAUGGAAAUUCAUUACUUGAACAUGAUGAUCAUAAUUUCUUUGAAGGGAUGUUAUCUGGAGAAGGCAUGCAACAAAACAGUUGUGUUUCAAAUAUUCCCAAGCCCAACAUCUCCAACAUCGUCUCCCCUUCUACUACAAAUAAUUUCCCAGUUAGACGCGCAAUGUCUUUGCCGUAUUGGAAUAAUGAAGGUUGUGGUGGUAAUUCCAUCGGCGCCUCCUCUUCCGGGAAGCGAUUUCACGGUGAUCUUAACAGUGGCAGCACCGCCACUGAUGACAAUAAUAAUUCCUUCGUCUCUUUGCUCAAUCGGCUCCCACAGAGCGUGCCAUUCCACGUCCCCAACUCUCUUCUCGGUUCGCUUGGCGACGGAAAUUUGCGACGGCAGUUUCAACUUCCCAGCAUGAACUGGAACUCAUAAUUUGUGAGAUUUGCAAUAAUUAUACAUAUAAUAUAAAUAUACAU